UCGAUUGCUUCAUCCCAUCUCCAUCUCCUCCAUCGAUUUGUCAAUUCGUUCGGUACGGCUCACCAUGUGGCCGCGCAGCCAGGACCAGCGUCUGGGCCUGGGUCUUUUCGCAAUGGGUUUUCACGGAUCAAGGUAUCGUACAAUGUGUAGAACAAUCUCUGCUUGCGUAUGACAGGUGUUCGGCUGGGAUCUUCUUCCAUUCGAUCGGCUCAUCUGGAACCAAUGUCCAGUGGAAGAAGAGACCAGUCGUUCUGAGAUUAUACUGUCACAACUUGAUCUAGAUAAUACUAGCGAAAGGACAUGCGUGGCAUUGAUUGUCUCCCCUCCCUUUUGUCUUCAGAGAUGAGAGGGUUCCUCGGUCUCUGCUGCUAACAACUCCCAGUCUCUUGACUUGAUUCUGUGCCAAGAUGUCUACUGACAAGAUUACCUUCCUCACCAACUGGCACGCGACGCCCUACCAUGCCCCGCUGUAUCUUGCCCAGAGCAAAGGCUUCUUUAAAGAGGAAGACCUGAAGGUUGCUCUGUUGGAACCCAACGACCCCUCCGAUGUCACCGAGAUCAUCGGCAGCGGCAAGGUCGACAUGGGUUUCAAGGCCAUGAUCCACACUCUUGCUGCCAAAGCUCGGAACUUUCCCGUCACCUCGAUCGGCUCUCUCCUCGAUGAGCCGUUCACCGGUGUUGUCUACCUCAAGGACAGCGGAAUCACCGAGGACUUCCGCUCCUUGAAGGGCAAGAAGAUCGGCUACGUUGGCGAGUUCGGAAAGAUCCAAAUCGAUGAGCUCACCAAGUACUACGGCAUGACUGCCGAUGACUACACUGCCGUCCGCUGCGGCAUGAACGUCACCAAGGCCAUCAUCCGUGGCGACAUCCACGCUGGUAUCGGACUCGAGAACGUGCAGAUGGUCGAGUUGGCCGAGUGGCUGGCUUCUCAGAACCGCCCUCGCGACGACGUCCAGAUGCUCCGUAUCGACCAGCUGGCCGAGCUGGGCUGCUGCUGCUUCUGCUCCAUCUUGUACAUCGCCAACGACCCGUUCCUGGCCGCCAACCCCGAGAAGGUGCAGAAGUUCAUGCGGGCCGUGAAGCGUGCCACCGAGUACGUCCUCGCCGAGCCGGCCAAGGCCUACGAAGAGUAUGUUGACAUCAAGCCCAUCAUGGGCACGCCCGUCAACCGCAAGAUCUUCGAGCGCUCCUUCGCCUACUUCAGCCGUGACCUGAAGAACGUGUCUCGCGACUGGGCCAAGGUGACCAACUACGGAAAGCGCCUGGGUAUCUUGGACCCCAGCUUUGCGCCCAACUACACCAACGAGUACCUGUCCUGGAAACUGGACGGGGACUCCUCGGACCCUCUGGGCGACCAGAAGCGGAUGGCCGAGCUGCAGAAGCAGGUUGCUUCUGAGGGUGGCUUCAAGCGUCUUGAAGUUGCUUCGUCUGCUUAAACAUCUGCCUGUGAUCCGUUGAGGAUGUUAUCAGACUGGCAAACAGCCGCGACUUUACGUUCUUUAGCAAAUUGACAUGAUUGAAUCCUAUA